UUUAAAUUUUGUAUACAUACAAUUGAUCUGUCGUCAGAAAGAAACGGUUUAUAAUAUUAAUUUAUAAUUAUAUCUUCGAUCUAAAGUUAUUCUAAUUGUCUGAUAUGGAUCAAAAGUACAUUUCGUCUAUGUAUAAAUGGUUCGAAGAAUGUGGAGUAAUAUCGAAUAUAAGGACACACCUACGUCAAAAUCUAGUGAAUGCAUUAAAAAAUAAGGACCUUGUACUGAAAAGCGAUGGUCCUAAAUCAGCCAAACAGUAUGUUUACGAUCUAUUGAUAGCAGAGUAUUUAUUCAAUCAUAAUUACGCUUAUACAUUAUCGGUAUUUGCCAGUGAAGCACCACUUUUAGUAAACUUUUCCAAUAAGACAAUGGAAAAGUCUGAUAGGAAUGAAAAUGAUAAUGAAAAGUUAAGGAGCGAUUAUGUGUUACAUGCCCUGGAAACACUAGGUAUUAAUCCUCACGAUACUAAAGGAAAACAUGUUAUAUCACAGUAUAUUAAAAAUGAUAUGCCACUGUUGUUGUGUAUAUUAAAGUGCAUAACUAUGUUCUUCUACAAUACGCACAAUAGUGUACCAAUAAAAGAAAAUGUGUCCCUCUGCAAUGAAUCCACACAAACUCAAUUCUCGUGGCGUGCUUACAAGUUACAAAUUGAAAAAUUGGAAAUGCUAAAGAAGAAGGUAUCUAUGCAUAAGCAAGUAGUAGAUAGUAAGCUACGCAAAAGAGAAAUGAUGUUAAAGGAAAAAGCAGUUCUUAUAGAACGGCAACUUGAAGUAUUAAAUACAAAAUUGGAACAAGUUCAGAAGGUGGUGCAUUCAGUGAGCUUGAAGGAACAACAGUUAAAGGAAACAAAAAUGAAUAACGAACAGUAUAUUUUACAGAAGGAAAUGAAAUUAGCGCUCAAAGAAAGAUUACUAUUACAAGAAGAAAAUAGAUUGCAAAAAGAACAAACCAACUGCAAAAAGUUAGAAGACGUAGAAAAAUUACAGGAACAAGAAACGAGGAAAACAUCGACGAGUCGCGAUUUAAAGAAUAUGGAGGUACAAACAGAGUUUGUGAGCAAUCCAUCUCAAGAGGAAAGAAUCAAAGCGCUUACUAAAGAGAAGGAGGAAUUAACUGCUCUCAUAAAAGAUCAGCAAUUGAAAAUAGAACAGAUAACGCAGCGUGCCCUUCAGUUAUGUCGACAAAUAGAAGGGAUACGCACGUUAAGGCCUACUAGCGUAGAAAUUCCAACGCAAACUGCAAAUACAAAUACAGUUAUUAGCGAAAGUAGUUCCACGGAAGAUAUUCUUCAUGAUGCAAAAUUGAGACUCAAGCGGCUAGAGGAAGAGAGUUUGAAAGCGGAUCAAUAUUAUUACAAUUUUAUCAAUAAUUCGUAAUGUUUACUAUAAUUUAAUAGCGGUAAAAUAAGAAUUAGUAUGACAUUUGUAUUAAAUAUAGUAUUUAUAACGCACAUAGUAGUUUUGUAGGAGCAAUCUAAGCAUAAUUAACAAACAAUCAGGUAUGAAACUCGUGACAUCUUUAUUGCGAUCGCUAAUUCUAUUUGUUAUAAACUAUAUAAAAUCUUAGUUGUAUGUACAAAUUUAAGACUGAAUUGAAUAUAUACCAAAGAACUUUUGUUAUCUAGUUUAUUUUAUAAAAUUGGACGUUAAUAUAAUAUACAAAUUAAUCUCUA